AGCAAGGCAGCUGCGGAUUGGCGGGAGGCCUUCUCCGCCUCCGCAGGUGAAGGUGAACGUCUCCUCCAGGCGGCGGCUUUGCACUCUGGGGAGCUGCUGCUGCUUCUGCUGCUGCUUGGGGCCCCUCCGCCAUGGCUCCCGGAGUAGGAUCCGUCUUUGUCGCCGUUCCGCAGGCCGCCCCAGUGGCGGUUUUCCAGCUCACGGAAGAUUUCCGCGCCGACGAGGAUCCUCGCAAGGUCAAUCUUGGAGUGGGAGCUUAUCGCACAAAUGAAGGACAGCCAUGGGUAUUGCCAGUUGUCCGGAAAGUGGAAAUGGUGAUUGCCAAGAAUACCAGUUUGAAUCAUGAAUAUCUACCUAUUCUGGGGUUGCCAGAUUUCCGUGCCAAUUCCUCACGAAUUGCGUUAGGAGACGAUAGCCCAGCCUUCAAAGAGAACAGGGUGGGAGGUGUCCAGUCCCUGGGGGGCACUGGAGCUCUUCGUAUUGGAGCAGAGUUUUUGAGACGGUGGUAUAAUGGAACCAACAACACAGCUACCCCUGUCUAUAUUUCUGAUCCUUCCUGGGAAAACCAUAAAUCUGUCUUUAUGGAUGCUGGCUUCAAGGACAUCCGGAGCUAUCACUAUUGGGAUGCUGCAAAUAGGGGUCUGGACAUUCAAGGAUUCCUGACUGAUUUGGAGAAAGCUCCAGAGUUCUCCAUCUUCAUCCUCCAUGCUUGCGCUCAUAAUCCCACAGGUACAGACCCCACCCAGGAGCAGUGGAAACAAAUUGCUGCUGUUAUGAAGCGUCGGUUCCUGUUCCCAUUCUUCGACUCUGCCUACCAAGGCUUUGCCUCGGGUUGCCUGGAUAGAGAUGCCUGGGCUGUACGUUUCUUUGUAUCGGAGGGCUUUGAACUUUUCUGUGCCCAGUCCUUCUCAAAAAACUUUGGCUUGUACAAUGAGCGAGUGGGAAAUCUGACUGUUGUGGCAAAGGAUGCGGAUAACGUGAAGCGUGUCCUGUCACAGAUGGAAAAGAUUGUCCGUACUACUUGGUCUAACCCACCAUCUCAAGGAGCACGAAUUGUGGCUACGACACUCACCACGCCAGAGCUUUUUGCUGAGUGGAAGGAGAAUGUUAAGACAAUGGCAGAUCGGGUCUUGCUAAUGCGAAAAGAACUCCAGUCUCGGCUUGAGGCUCUGGGCACACCAGGCACUUGGCAUCACAUUACACAGCAGAUUGGCAUGUUUAGCUUUACUGGCCUCAACAUUAAGCAAGUACAGUACCUGAUCAAGGAGAAACACAUCUAUCUGAUGGCCAGUGGCCGUAUCAACAUGUGUGGUUUGACUACAAAGAACCUGGAUUAUGUUGCUAAUUCUAUCUAUGAAGCAGUCACCAAAAUCCAGGAAAUCUGAAAUCAGGCAUUGCAUAUGUAUCACUUCCAUUGUAUUUUAAUUGUAUUUAAGCCACAAGCCAUCACUGUUGGGGGAAAUUUGCCUGAAGGGGGAAUGGAUAAUAGAAUUGUACAUACGCAAGAGAAUUAAGGGACUCUCUGCAUCAUUUUAUCUCCUGCUAACUUUACCAGAUUCCAAACUGGCCUUUGGAUUUCGGAGUUUAAAAACAAAAAGGUGGAACUUAACAUGCAGUUGCAUGCAGUAGUUGACAUGACCCUGCCUAAAUAACUGGGUCCUUCCAUCUUACCAAAUGUAGUCUCACUGAGUUUACGUUCUUCAUCUCUGUUGCUCAGGAGAGAUUGGGAACAGCAAUUUUGUCACAAAAAUGUCUUCUUGCCCCUUGAUAUGUGUCUGUAUGCAUGUAUCACUGGGACCGAGACUAAAACUUUUGUUCCUUCUAUAUGUGAGCUGUCAAUUUGCACACCUAGUAUUAAUAGCAGCUGCUUAUAGAAUAGAAGCAUACAGCCAUUUCCUGCUGCCUUGUGUGUGUUCAAUUCUGCACUUUAUGUAACUGACCCCAUAUGGCAUGAGCCUGCUGAAGCAAAAGGACAGUGCCUGGGGGCAGAUACCAAAAUAGUUGGUCUAGCAGUUAUAGGCUGCGUGGGAUUUUUCAGGAAGCAAGACUGUGAUUACUGCUGGCUUUCAGUCUUGCAUGAAUGAAGACUGUAACCACAAUAAUUGUACCUUUUCUGUCAAUGCAGAAUAAAUAAAAAAAUAUGCUGCUCCCAUUUAUAAGCCAACAUAAGCUUAAGUAUUGUAAGCUUAUUUUUUUUAUAGAAGUAUGCAUGAUCCUGCACUUGACUUAAAACAACCCAUUGCUUUUUCCUGGGAACUUGAGGACAAAAGAGAGGAACAGAAGUUUUUUUUUUCCCCCCUUUUGUGUUCUUCUCUAAACCACUAAAAAUAAAUUUAUUUCAAUGGGCAAGUUAAGAUGUUAAGAUUCCCUUUGUGGCCUACAAGGCUGUAUACCCAAACAUUCCAGGGUAAGGCUAACUUAAUAACUGUGCUUACAGAGCACAUUUCUGCAUUGGAAGAUCCUUGUGUAAAGCACCCAAAGGUUCAGCAGUUAAGGUUUCUGCCUAAAAAAAGUACGAUGCCUAAAAAUACGAUGCAGCUCUUAAAUAAUUAUAGCUUCAAGGAUUUGGUGGUUCCUCAUAAUCUUUUAGACAAAGGCUGUAAUCUUGCAGAACCUGAAGGUAUAUAUACUCAUAUUUGAAGUACAGGGAGCUGGAAGCAAAUGUAGAUUUGCAAGCUGAGGUUUGGAAUGUACUUCUUACUCAGUUCCUAGCCAGAAGGGACAUGUGACAUGUAGCUUCUGCUCACUAUUAUUGUAGAAGUUUAAAUGCAAUCAGUAGAUUUCUGAUUUUUUUCCCCUCUUUAGUUUCUUAUUGCUACUUUUAGGUGUGCUUUUGCAGUGAGGUAAAUAUCUAAAUGUCUGUCUUAGCAGACUUACUCUUCCACGGUCUUUGUAUGGCUGCCACCAUCCUGUUACGUCUAAGGUCACAAUUCUGUUCACAUCAUAAUCGCACUAAGUCAUGAUGUAGUGUUACCAGAUUUGGGCUACAAAACCCCAGAUGAUCACUAGAUUGCAGCAAAGAAUCGUCUUUUUGCUGCUAUCAAAUGGUUGUCCAGAUUUUUAUAACGCAGUAUAAUAUAUAGCGGUUUGUUCUUUGGUACAGCGUGUGUGAAGCUGAAUAUGCUUUUCCUAUUUAGUUUUGACUUUGACCCCACAGCUAAAUACAUUUUUGAUAGGCGGCCUUGAAAUUGAAUAACACAUCUAAUAAAAGUUGUAUUUUGAGUAACA